CACACACACGGUAACCGCAAAUUUCUCCUCCUCCACCAUGGUCAUGGACGUUAAACAACCCAAAACCAGUUUGAGCAGAGCACUCCUGAUCCUAAACUGCAUCAUCCUCGCCAUUGGCAACUGCGGCGGCCCACUUCUUAUGCGCCUCUAUUUCCUCCACGGCGGCAACCGUAUCUGGUUCUCUAGCUGGCUCGAAACAGGCGGCUGGCCCAUCAUUCUCGUCCCACUCAUCGUCGCCUACUUCCGCCGUCUCAAAACGGACCCCACAUCCAGCAGAAAGCUUUUUCUCAUGAAACCUCGCCUAUUUGUGGCAUCCGCUGUAAUAGGAGUCUUCACAGGCUUAGACGAUUAUCUCUACGCAUAUGGAGUGGCACGUCUUCCCGUCUCUACCUCUUCUCUAAUCAUUGCAUCCCAGCUGGCUUUCACCGCCGGUUUUGCUUUUCUCUUGGUGAAGCAGAAGUUCACUGCAUAUUCGAUAAACUCAGUGUUUCUUUUGACAUUAGGGGCAGGGGUUUUGGCUCUGCAUACAAGUGGGGAUCGACCAAGUGGUGAAUCGAACAAAGAGUAUGUUCUAGGUUUCAUUAUGACGCUGGGAGCUGCUCUGUUAUAUGGAUUUAUUCUUCCAUUGAUAGAAUUGAUGUACAAGAAAGCAAAGCAAGAGAUCAAUUACACUCUUGUUUUGGAGAUUCAGAUAGUGAUGAGCGUUUUUGCCACGGCCUUUUGCACCGUCGGUAUGAUAAUUAACAAUGAUUUCAAGGUACUUGGAAGAGAAGCAAGGGAAUUCGGGCUGGGUGAAACUAAAUACUACAUCCUGGUGAUAGUGAGUGGAAUGGUUUGGCAGUGUUUCUUCGUGGGAGCAAUUGGGGUCAUCUUCUGUGGCUCGUCUUUGCUAUCGGCAGUUGUAAUCACAGUUCUACUUCCGGUGACUGAGAUCCUAGCAGUGAUAUUCUAUCGGGAAAGUUUUAAAGCCGAGAAAGGUGUUUCUCUUGCAGUCUCCCUUUGGGGUUUCCUUUCAUACUUCUAUGGCGAGAUAAAGCAAGAAAGAAAGAGAAACAAACAAAAUCUAGAGACAGAAAUGCCAUCACUCCCUAGUCCAUGACAUUUCCUCUCAAUUACAAUUUAUUCUUUGAUCUGAGCAAAAUUAUGUCAGUUAAAUAUGAAAAAAAUAAAAUAAAAUCCUGAGGCUCAUUUCAAAGACUGUCUAGCUGAUCGUUUGAUUGCUCAUCUGUUGUAUAAAACCCUUUUUUGAUAAUAUGAGUAUGCGGAUUUUUUUAUCAAAC